CCCAACUGCAGCUGCAAACGCAACAAGCACUAUCACACAAUGUUUGGGUCCCUCCUGCUCGCCUGUUUGUUUCUACAUCCGGUAGUCUCCAUACCUCAACCGGCCUGCCGUCGAUGCUGUGACCACCUCCUACCACUUGAUGACGCUGCCACGCUCAGAGAAAGCGUGCCUGCAAUGCCCGAGGUCCGCACCUACAUCAACAUGACCAUUCUCAAAGGUGACAAAGGUGAUCGCGGAGAAAGGGGAACUCCUGGGAAGCCUGGGACUGAGGGUUCAGUGGGACCGCAAGGCACUGCAGGACUCAAAGGAGAUAAAGGACAAGCCGGAGCUCCAGGAGAUGCCUGCAAAUCGCAGCAUUCUGCUUUCUCAGUGGGCAGACGGAAGUCCCUUCACAGCAUUGACAACUACCAGGCCCUGGUCUUCGACACCAUCUUCGUGAACUCCCCCGAACACUUCGACAUGUUUGCCGGGAAGUACCGCUGCCAAAUCCCAGGAAUCUACUUCUUCAACGUGAACAUCCACACGUGGAACUUCAAGGAGACCUACCUGCACAUCAUGCAGAACAACAGCGAGAAGGCCAUCGUCUACGCCCAGCCCAGCGACCGCUCCAUCAUGCAGAGCCAGAGCCUCAUGCUGCCCCUGCGGGAGGGAGACGAGGUCUGGGUCCGCCUCUACAAGCGAGAGCGGGAGAACGCCAUCUACAGCGACGACGUGGACAUCUACAUCACCUUUAACGGAUACCUCAUCAGACCGGAAACCGAGUGAGACCAGAAACGGGGGACGGGGGAGGAAGGCGAGGGUUUGAAAAUGUGCCGAAGUGUUUGAUCAGUGGAGCAGCUUUAACGAAACUGAAAAGCAUCCAAACCGUUCAUAUUCGAUUUCUGCAGUCCAAACUGAAUCCCCUAAUGCAGAGGAAUCUGCUUUUUCUACUUCAGUGUGGGGUCUUGUGUGAAGAGAAGCGGGAAGGUUUCGCUCGGAUUAGCAAAAUGCUAUUAUAUCACAUUAGGACAUAAAACUUUAAAAGCUAGUAUAGUAUAAAACAUCCUCAGCAGGCGUCGGCGGUAAACAAGAUCCGAGCCUAUCGUGCUUGGGCCGCUGUGGUUUGUUUUAAGCUUUAGCACUGUGUCAUGUUGAGCAGUAGAUCAUUUCAUUGGCUAGUUGGGUAGACAUAGGUCACAGCAGCAAACACUGUGAGAUUAUCUAACACUCUCAGAAAAAUUUGGCGGUCUAUUUCUGAUCACAAGAAGGUGACUACAUCCAUCUUCCCUUCCCAGCACAUGUUUGAGAUGGUUUAAGCUUGUUUAGGACCAGCACUGAGGACCUGCUUCACUAUCCAUGCUUCAAAACCUAC